CUUUAUAGCCAUGUGUUUGAGCUGUGAACUGUGCCGUCUAAAGUAACUAAUGUCAAUUUAAAUGCAGAUGAAACAGAGAAAAACAGAGGUCCUUUUUGUCUGGGUCUUAGCCAUCUGGCUCUCUUCAGUUGUCAACAGUGAAAGUAAAGUGGAGCUGAGAACCAGUACUGAGGUAAAGGCUCAGUGUGAUCAGAAUGUGUCCCUGCAGUGUGACAUCAUGUCAUCAAGCCCACUCAAGAUCAUUCUCUUUUCCUGGGUAAGGAAAAUGAAACAGCUGUGUGUGGUCAAUGCCACUGGUGUAUUCUCCUUUCCUGGCUUCCGGUGUGACAACACAAACAACACCCUCACACUCAAUCUGACUCGGGUGAUGCCGUCCAGUCAGGGUAACUACACCUGCAAACUGCGCUCCAACCUAACGAUCACAGCUGCCAACACCACUGUGACAAUGCAAGAGUGCCUAAGGACAUUUGAACACAAAGUGUUCCAGAAUGAGUCUCAGGUUGAGUGCCAGUUAUUUGGAGUUUACCCAGAAGGCACAGUACACUGGUUCCUGGGCUCUGAGAAUAUAACAGAGUCGGCCAGCACAAAGAGCCAGCUGGAUGAAGAGGGGCUGUUUGAUAUAAGGAGUACCCUGCCUACCCAGGCUGGGACUGAGCCUUACAACUGCUCCUUGUGGAUACCUAGUAGUAGAACGUACAGCUCUCACAAACAGCUGCACUACUCCAGAGGGAACUCUUCAGGGACAAGGACUAGGAGCAGACUGCUGUUGGUCUUCAUCCUGGUUGGACUCAUAAUCAUAACAUAGGACUAGUCAUGGGAAGGUCAGGAGGUUUUUUACUGAACAUGGGACUUGGAACUACAGUAGGGCAAAGGGCUUUCCUGGUCAGGGCACAUCUACACAGGAUGGAUCAGGGCCUUUCUCUUACUGAGUGAAGAGAAAGCAAACUUGGACUGCCAUGGCCAAAGAGAAUAUAUGUUAUCACUUUUUACACU